AUGGAUUGGGCGGAUUGGGUUCAACAAGUUUCAGAAAUUAAGACACAGCUUUUUUCAAUGAUUACUUCAGAGUUCAAGUUGAUUGCAAAUGUUAAGGAAGAGGUCCCAAAGCUUGAAAGCAAAUUCCGUACCAAUCAGGCAGUGCUCAACGAUGCAGAGAGAAGGCGAGUGAAGGAGGAAGCUGUGAAGCUUUGGUUAGAUAAGCUCAAAGAGGUAUCCGACCAGAUGAAGAACGUGUUGGAUGAGUGGAAGACGGCCACCAAGAUCGUAGAAGAUAAUGAGAAAAAAGAAGCUGCAACAGGUACUGCUAAGAGGAGGAAGGUAUGGCCCCUUUUCAACUUUGAUUUUUCAGUUACUAGUCUUCUUCAGCAUCGUGAUAUUGCUCAUAAGAUAAAAGAACUGAACGAAAAAUUAGAUGAGAUUAACAAAGAGAGGGAGAUGUACGGGUUUGAAUUGACAAGGAGCAUUGAAGAAGUUGAACGACCAAAAUCUACUUCCUUUGUUGAUGUGUCUGAAAUUCCGGGUCGUGGUGAGGUUAAGGAUGAAUUAGUGAGCAUCCUAUUGGGCAGGGGUAGUGAAGAAGAAAGAAACCCCCACAUCAUCUCUUUAGUGGGCCCGGGUGGUAUUGGAAAAACGGCUCUUGCCCAAGUAGCCUACAAUGAUCGCGAGGUGCAAGCUCAUUUUCAAAUAAAAAUAUGGGUUUGUGUUUCUGAUCCUUUUGAUCAAUGCAAGCUUGCCAAAGCAAUCCUUGAAUCUAUUGAUCGGCAAACACCUAACAUGACUACAUUGCAAGGUCUAUUGGAUGGAAUUUGUGACAAAAUUAAGGGAAAAAAGUUUUUUCUUGUUUUAGAUGAUGUGUGGACAGAAGACUUCACAAUGUGGGAGCCGUUCAGAAUUGCACUCAAAUAUGGUGUGCAAGGCAGUAGAAUUCUAAUCACCACACGCAAACGUAAAGUUGCAGAGAUGAUGAGAAGUGCACGCAGGAUUGAUUUGGGUGUAUUGCCUGAUGAUCAAGUUGAAGAACCUUCACAUGUGUCUUGA